AUGCAUCUCGAAAAAUUGGGGAAUGAAAAAUGUGAUGUUGGUUCUCUCUUCAAAGCUAUUGAGAAAGAAACACAAACUAAAAAGCCAAAUGCAGUGAAGAACACUAAUUGUUCAGAGAAAUCCUUUAAAUUACCGCUUCCAAGGGAACUAGAAAAGAAGGACAAUGAGGAAGGAACAUUAAAAGUAUUUUCAUUUAGUCAAAUUAUACAGGAUCCUGACUGUCCAACUUCUGUUACAAUAGUCAAAGAAUCUCUCACUGAAGAAGCUCACCCACACGAUGAUGAUGCUUGCUCAAAUAAAUACAAGUAUUGCAAAGAAGUUAUAAAACCAUUUUUACAACCUUACCCACCGGGUUGUCCGAAUUCUGGACAAUUACUUAUCAACGAUGCUGUAAAGGCUGCUUCGGAAGAGUUUCCUGAAAACCCACCUUGCUACGAAGUGCCUGCACCGGACAAAAAAAAACAAAACUGUGCAUCAAGCUGCCAAACACCACCAGUUUCGAAAUGCCCAAGCAAUUCUUGUACAGAUUCAGGCGAAUCUGAUUCUUGUUCCCCUAAGAAGGACGCUAAAUGUUGUAGUUGUCCAAAAAAAGAAAAGAAAGAUAAAUUCUGUGAGUCUCCUAAGAAGGAACCAAAAUGUUGUAAUUGUUCAAAAAAAGAAAAGAAGAAGGAAAACCCGUGCGACUCUGGUCCUAAACCAAAUUUUAGACUCUGUCCAGGUCAAACAGAACCAAAAAUUUGUAUAGAAAUAACAGAUCCUAGUUUAUGCCCAGGUUGUCCCAAGCCACGUUGUGGGAAAAAACCUGAGGAUAAGUGUUGUUGUGCGUGCCUUAUAGGUAAACAAGAUCUUGAUAAUCCUUCAAUAAGUCCACAAAAAUCUAAUAAUUCAAGCUGGCCAUCAGGUAUAGAAUCAGAUUGCUGCGAUAAAUCUUCCGAAAGUAAAAGUUGUAUAGGCAAAUUAUUGACUUCAUUAAAAACAUUAUCGGACAGUUGUUUAAAAAAAGGGAAGUCCACACAAGAUAAGCCACCGUGUUGUUGUGGUAAACCUCCAAGUCCACCACCUCCCUGUCCACCACCUCCUUGUCCACCUCCUCCACCGUGUUCUUGUGAAUCACCUAAGCCUAAGAAGUGUCCUCCUAAGCCGUGCCCUCCUAAACCGUGCCCUCCUAAGCCGUGUCCUCCUAAGCCUAGUCCUGCGAAGCAGUGUCCCCCUCCACCGUGCCCACCUCCACCGUGCCCACCGAAGCCAAAACCGUGUUCUCCUAAGGCGUGUCCUGCAAAGGCCAAACCGUGUCCUCCUCCACCGUGCCCACCAAAACCAAAGCCGUGUUCUCCUAAGCCGUGUCCUGCUAAGCAGUGUCCUCCUCAACCGUGUCCAAAGCCGUGUCCUCCAAAGCCGUGCCCUCCAAAUCCGUGUCCUGCUAAGCAGUGUCCUUCUAAGGAGUGUCCUGCUAAACCCUCUUCUCCAAAGCCGUGCCCUCCAAAUCCCUGUCCUGCUAAGCAGUGUCCUUCUAAGGAGUGUCCUGCUAGACCCUCUUCUCCAAAGCCGUGCCCUCCAAAUCCCUGUCCUGCUAAGCAGUGUCCUUCUAAGGAUUGUCCUGCUAGACCCUCUCCUCCAAAUCCAUGUCCAGCUAGACCCUGUCCUCCUAUGCAGUGUUCUACUUCAAGAAAUACAAUGGUUGACAGUCCACGGGAGAACCCAUCAAACAAAAACAAACCAUGUCCUCACAAAACUCCUGACGAAAGUUGUGAUAAAGAAUGCCCAUCAAACAAAAAUAAACCAUGUCCUCACGAAACUCAUGACGAAAGUUGUGAUAAAGACUGCCCAUCAAACAAAAAUAAACCAUGUCCUCACGAAACUCAUGACGAAAGUUGUGAUAAAGAAUGCCCAUCAAACAAAAGCAAACCAUGUCCUCACAAAACUCCUGACGAAAGUUGUGAUAAAGACUGCCCAUCAAACAAAAGCAAACCAUGUCCUCACAAAACUCCUGACGAACGUUCUGAUAAAGAACGCUCACCAAACAAAAAUAAACCAUGUCCUCACGAAGCGCAUGACGAAAGUUGUGAUAAAGAAUGCCCAUCAAAUAAAAAUAAACCAUGUCCUCACGAAACUCAUGAUGAAAGUGGUGAUAAAGAAUGCCCAUCAAACAAAAACAAACCAUGUCCUCACGAAACUCAUGACGAAGGUUGUGAUAAAGAACGCUCACCAAACAAAAACAAACCAUGUCCUCACAAAACUCCUGACGAAUGUUCUGCUAAAGAACGCUCACCAAACCGAUAUAAACCAUGUCCUUAUGAAAUUCCUGCCAAAAGUUCUGAUAAAGAACAGCCACCAAGCCGAUACAAACCAUGUCCUACCGAAAGCCCUGACGAAAAUUCUGCUAAAAAAUCAGCGUCCGAUAAAAAGCUAUACCAAAAAAAUUCAAAGACCGACUUACAAAGUAAAACAUCUUCAAAAGAUAUUCAUGGAAAGAACGGCACAAGUUCUGGCUUAAUAUACAGUAGUCCUAAAGGCCCAUGCAAAGUUGAUGACAUUACAAGUCAGCUAGUACAAGUAGCAAAUACAAAUGAGAAGCCACAUGUGACUAAUACUGGUGGUCUUUGCUGCUCCUGUGGUCAAGAAGAAAAACCAAAGCCUAAACAUGCCUGCAAAAAUCCUGUGAGGACACCACCUGUCUGUAACCCGAAUUCAAGUUCUAUGCUCGGUAAAGCAACAAUGGACGCACAUAAUGAAACUAUAGCUACUCUCAAAUGUGCCAUGAAAGACUUUAUGUGCAAAGUUUUUAGAACUACACAAGAAGCUGUUUCAGUUAUCUCUUGUGAAAGUAAUAAACAGUAUGAAAAGCUGAAAAAAUCGGUGUCAGAUAUGACUUCAGACUGUCCACCACCGAAAAAAGUAAGCAAUGAAUCUGGUAGUGAACCUAGCAACAAUAAUCUGAGGCGAUUCAGCAUUAUAAACAUGACCAAACUUCCUGAGACAAUAAAUAUACCACCAUGUAAACCACCAGAACCUUAUCCCAGUACCGCAAGUGGAUAUUUUGAAGCAGCACUUGAUAAAGUUACCUCUGCCGCAUCAAUGAUCAGCAGGUCACUAAUUUUUGACCUACCAGCUCAAAUGAAACGAAGUUAUAAUGAUGAUAGUUCAGAGUAUGAUAUUCCUAAUUAUACUAAACCGAGAGAUGUGGACAAUUUAAUGAAUCCUUUCGAGGUUAAUGUAUUUACAACAAUCAAGGACAAAAUCUGGUCUAUAUUUGUUGAUGAUGACAAGCAAGAAAGAGAAAUUCGAUCCACAAUGUCCAGCUCUGAAUCUUUAACCUCUGAGAAUACAAGAUUCAAGAUGGGAGACAUUAUAAAAGUGAAGUACUGCAACUUGAAGAAUCAAUCUGAAUCUGAAGCGCUCCCUAGCUGCGGUUCUUGUAAAGGAUCGUACCUACGGCCAUUUUUAUGUUACGAGAGAUUGAAGAACCCUGCAGCAGAGUCCUCAAUUGCCGUAGGAGGCUCCUACACGAAUGCCAGUUUUUGCGCCCAACCUGGUCUACAAACACACUAUGAUGCCAGUCCACAAUUCAAUAAGAAGAAUAAGAAAAAGGGCUACCAUGUCCCAAGCCUGAGCUACCACAGAAUUAAAAACCCCGAAUGGCCUAGAAGACCAAUCUCUUCUAACUUGGACUUCAACAUAUAA